CUCAGAAGUAAACUCCCACUCCGCUGCUGUGGUUCUUCUCUCAGUCGUCUCGUCCUGCUUUCAUUUACAUUUUCAGGCCUGAAACUCUUUAUUCUUUUCCAAAGAUGUCUCUGAGUGACAAAAGUAAUGAGGAGAUCAGCAGGUUGCUUGCUGAGUAUGGCAUCAAACAUGGACCCAUAGUUGGCUCUACUCGAACGCUGUAUGAAAAGAAGCUGGAGAAGGCGAUGGAGAAAGCUCCAGUGAAAGCCUCGUCUGAUAAGACCUACUACAGAGAGGAAGAGGAGGAGAUUACCUACAUCACAUACCAGAGUCCGGUUAGACAUGAGGCUUACGCACAGGCGGACAUGCUAAAACGAAGAGGCAAAGCUGAGCCAGAUGAAGAUGAGGAUUUAGACCGAGACACAGAGCCCCCUAUCCGGAUCACUAAAAGAACAGCCAAUCACAGCGCAGUCCGAUCAAAGGAGCCAGUGAGAAAGUCUGGAGGCGGCGUGUGGAGGGCGAUUCGCCUGCUGCUGCUGUUAGCUGUGUUAGCAGCCGUCCUCUACUACGCCUACUGCCGCGUGAUUAACAAUGAAGAAAGUCCUUUUGGGGUUCAGUGAUCUGAUUUGUCGUUAGGGUCAGGGUUUUUUUUUUUCUAUUCCGUUGAAGGCAUUCCUUCUCCAUUAAUGUCAUUAGUGGUGAGAACUGAUUUUUUCCCUCAUUCCAAUUUUGACCACAUUCCAUAAAGUUUUAAAGGCUGUAUCUCUUAGUUACUAAAUCCUGUGAAAUGACCAAAGAAAUUAUAGUCUGUGUAUUCAAAGUCUGAUACAUCGCGUUCCUCUGUGCCAAAGAGCUCCACUGUUGUUCAAAAAUGAUUACAACUAUUAGGAAUGUGUGAACACACACACUGUAACUGUAACUCAAUCCCACACACGUCCUGCUGCCCCACUAAUACAUUGAAAUAUUCAAUGUAUACCAUUUUUACAGAAGGAUGUAGCCAUAUUUCAUUUUUGUACAGUGGUCAGUCUUUUUAGUUGUUCUGUUGUUUUUUGUUCAAACUCUUCCUUUUGCAGAUGGAGUUUUUGUUGUUUUAAUGACAGUACGUCAUCAGUGCAGCUGUGAUGCAAUGAUAGAGUUUAGUCUGUGUUGUGCAUCUGUAUAUGUCGCAAGAUUGCAACCAUAUUUGCAUAUAUAUAUUCUGACGUUGCGAUGAGGAAAAUCUCAGUUUCACAAUUAUAAUUCAUUCAUUUAUUUUAACACUGCAGAUGUAUAAAAUCACAUGAGCUUUUUUUUACAUGCUAUUUUGGUUAGCUACGUUUGUCCAUCCCUAAAAGGAGUGCAACGUGAAUAUCAAAUGUGUAUUAAUGUGCCACUGAAAUUAUCCCCAACAAAUGUAUCUAUUGCUUUUGUUUUAAGUAAAAAAUGUAUAUUUUGGAGCCUUUAAAGAUUUCUAUCUUCAGUAGUAAGCAGCAGGUGUGGGAGCUGAAAGAUCAGACAUAGGGAAAUAUUGAGAGACAGACUAAAACAUUUCAUCUGGUCAUAGUUUUGGUCAUUUCAUGGGAUUUGUUGAUAAUGAGAAAAUUAUAAAAAAGAAUGCCAGCACUUUCCUUUGAUUUCUUAUCUUUGCUGCAUAAAAUGUUGCACUAUUUUUUACAGCUAGCAGUUGUGUGUGUGUGUGUGUGUGUGUGUGAUUUCAUGCAGCUGUUCUCUAACGUGAUCGGUUCUUUUUUUUGUGAUAUUAACAUGACGUCAUGUUGCACAAUAGAAUUAUGACCUGGGGUUCUCCCUACACAGUAUGUCCAAUCAAAAACCAAAUAAAUCUUUUUAA